AAGUAAUAUCGAUCUAACGACAAGGAACAAUCGAGAUUUUACCAUAACCUCAAAUUUUACUCAAUCUUUAUUAACAUUGAACUUGUUAGCGCAAUUACUAUCAUUCUACUUCAAUUUUUAUUUUUGUUUGUUCUUGAUACCACACGGGAUAUAAUCACACUAAGCUUUAACAAAAAUGAAGAAAAACCGAAUGAAAAAGAAUCCUGAUCAUGAUCUUGACAGGGACACCAAUGAUUAUGAGCCUACCGACUCUGAUGACGAUUAUGAUGACAAUGAAAAAAUUCUCCUGGACAAAGCAAAAAAAGGAAAAUCAUUUGCAGCGGAGUCCGAAGACGAUGAUGAUUAUGACACAGAUAAUGAGGAAGGGGUUCUCGACGUCUACACAUCGUCGGAUGAAGACGAAGGAGAUGCAAAACAGAAUGAACAAGGAAUUGAGGACAGCGACAUUGAAGGAAUGGAGGAUGACGAUGAUCUCCCCGACACAAAAGCCUGGGGAAAGAGAAAGAACAACUACUAUCACAAUGACUAUGCGGUCGAUGAUUCCGUUGGUUUUUCCAAAGAAGCGGAAGAAGAGCAGGCUCUAAUGGAAGAGAAGGAGGCGCGGACAUUGCAAAUGAAACUUGCCUCUCAGAUGGAAAAUGUUGAUCUGUUAGGCGCAAUAACUAAGAGUGUUGUAUCGAAAUCGAAAGAAGAAGCCAGCAGUGAUGAGAGUGAUGAGGAAGCAUUCAAAAUGGAGGACGAAAUGAUCAAACAGGAUUUGUCCAAACUGACCAAGAGGGAAAAGUUGGCGCUCUUACAGAAACAGUCUCCUGAGUUCCUGGGAUUGGUGGGUGAUUUCAAAGAGAGAUUGAAGUUCGUGAUAGACGUUUUGAUGCCUGUCUCCAAACUGAUUGAUAGCGGCCACAUAGCUCGGGAUUCUCCAGCGUCUCGUUACGUGUCUACCAAAACUGCUGUAUCUUUGAACUAUUGUAUCAAUCUGAUUUUCUACCUUCUGCUGAAGAGAAAGGGAGUCGAUAUAAAAGGACAUCCGGUUACCGAAAGAAUAUUGGCGUUUCGCAAAACCCUGGAACAACUGGAUAACUUGGAAAGUCAAGAACUCCUCGAUCAACUGAAGCAGAUUGUUGCAGUGCAUCAGAACGUCGACGAUCUUAACUCGUGCACUUGUGAAUUUGGUUCUAACGAACUGGUGAAACAGAAGAAGCGGCUCAAACUACUGUCCAAAACAGAAAAACCUGAAACUUCGAAUAAGAGGCCUCCGCCAGAGGAUAAUGAAACUAAUAAGAAGAAGGUCAGAUUCGUAGGAGAAGAUGAGGAAUCGCCUUUCACCAAGAAUCUCAAAUUGAAACAGAAGAAGAAGAAGAGAGAGGAAGAGCAAGAAGAGGAAGAUGGCGAAGAGGAAUCGGGAGAGGAAAACGCUAUCGAUGCAGAUGACUUGGAGGAAGGCAAGCGUGCCAUCACAUACGAAAUGGCUAAAAACAAGGGUUUGACUCCAAAGCGUAAAAAGGAACUUAGAAAUCCGAGGGUGAAGCAUCGUAAUAAAUACCGCAAAGCACUGAUCAGGAGGAAGGGACAGGUGCGAAAUGUACUCACAGAAUCAACGAAAUACAGAGGAGAGGUGUUCGGUAUCAAAGCCAGUGUUAUAAAGAGCAAGAAACUCAAAUGAAGAAGUUUGCCAACGAUAAUUUUUGUGAGCUAUAUAAAAAUGAAUUUUAUAAUAUACUUAUAUUUUAACUAAGAAAGAA